AUGGACUUUUGGUGUGACCCUGUAGAGGGUCUAUUCUAUGAAGUCCUUUCUGCUGCAGUACCUACUGCUGCUACUCAACCUUCAAGAAUUCAACCUUCAAGAACUCAACCUUCAAGAACUCAACCUUCAAGAACUCAACCUUCAAGAACUCAACCUUCAAGAACUCAACCUUCAAGAACUCAACCUUCAAGAACUCAACCUUCAAGAACUCAACCUUCAAGAACUCAACCUUCAAGAACUCAACCUUCAAGAACACUACCUUCGCGAUCUACCACCUCUGCUCUUCACUCAUCUGAUGAAUCGGAUGAGGACGUGUCUGUGGGAACAUCAUCUCCUCCUUCACGGAAAUGUCACUACUCAGCUGCCGAUGUCCUUCACGACACCGCACCAACAACCCCCAACGACAGCACCUCAAGGCCAGCACCAAGUCAGACCACCAAGACCAAGACCGACAAGUCCAAGAAGAUGACCAAAGAUCAGAGUUUGCUGAAAUCGUCAACAAAAAAGAAGACCAAUAACGAAAUUUAA